GGCGGGCAGAUGCCGGGCGGGCUCCCACCAGCGGGGCACGCGGGACGGCGACUGAACCCAGCAGGUGGCCGGCGGAUGUAAGGCCCUGAUCCAGGAUGAACGAAUGCCACUAUGAUAAACGUAUGGACUUUUUUUAUAACAUGAGCAACACUGACACAGUAGAUGAGUGGUCAGGGACAAACCUUGUUGUUGUUUUAUGUUUUGGGACCUUCUUCUGCCUGUUUAUUUUUAUUUCAAAUUCACUGGUCAUAGCAGCUGUGGUCAAAAACAAAAGAUUUCAUUUCCCCUUCUACUAUCUGCUGGCCAAUCUAGCUGCUGCAGACUUUUUCGCUGGCAUUGCCUAUGUAUACUUGAUGUUCAACACUGGCCCUGUGUCCAAAACGCUAACUGUUAACCGAUGGUUUUUGCGCCAGGGGCUUCUGGACACCAGCCUGACAGCUUCUCUGGCUAAUUUAUUUGUGAUAGCUGUUGAGCGACACAUGUCAGUAGUGCGGAUGAGGGUUCACAGUAACCUCACAAAGAAAAGAGUCACUUUUUUAAUUUUAUUGAUCUGGGCCGUUGCUAUUUUUAUGGGGGCUGUGCCUACUUUGGGUUGGAACUGCCUUUGCAAUAUCUCAACCUGUUCUUCCCUGGCUCCUAUUUAUAGCAGAAGUUAUCUGAUAUUCUGGACUGUCUCCAAUCUAGUUGUUUUCUUCAUUAUGGUGGUGGUUUACCUAAGAAUCUACAUGUACGUCCAGAGGAAAACUAAUGUCUUAUCUCCACACACUAGUGGAUCCAUCAGCCGUAGGAGGACACCAAUGAAGCUUAUGAAGACAGUCAUGACCGUCUUAGGUGCAUUUGUUGUCUGUUGGACCCCUGGGCUGGUGGUUCUGCUGCUUGAUGGUUUGAACUGCACUCAUUGUGGGGUUCAGCAUGUGAAAAGAUGGUUCCUUCUCCUGGCCUUGCUCAACUCUGUCAUGAAUCCAGUCAUUUACUCUUACAAAGAUGAUGAAAUGUCCAACACCAUGAGACGGAUCAUGUGCUGCUCUUCUGAUGAUAAAAGCCAGGAGAGACGAUCGUCAAGAAUUCCUUCAACAGUGCUCAGCAGGAGCACAGAUACUACCGGUCAAUAUAUUGAAGACAGCAUUAUUCAAGGGACUAUCAGUGGCAAAGGAAACUCAUGAGCUAACCUGGGAUAUACUUUUCCUAAGAGAUAUGGGGUAGGAGGGGAGUGGCUUGUAACAGGAGAUUAUUGAAUAUGUUCACUCUGUUCCAAAGCCCAAACUCCACAGUGUUACGUGAAGUCCUUGUAAAUAAUUACUCAAAGGGAAAAUACAUUGUAUUGAAGAAAAAAACUUUCUGUGCUGUUUUUUUUUUUUUUUUUUUAAGUACAUGAGAUUGUUUUCUCUAUAAGAGGAAUAAACUUAUUGAGAGAGACUUUCUAUGCAUGGAAACAAAAUACAAACAAUAUAAUGGAACUCUCCUUGCUAGACACCUGCAGGAAGAACUAAUUGCUAAACAGUGCAUGUGUGGCUGUCUGAAGUUUAUGUAUUUGAUCAGUUUCUUAUGUAUCUCAAGGGGACACUUUUGGGGCUGGUAGGCCAGAAGUGUGCCCUGUUUGCUGCCUCUGUUUACAAAAUGUAUAUACUAGUUCAUACAUACCCCUCCCCCCACUUCAGCACAAAUAAUUCUAUACUCCCUUAAAACAAGUUAAUGCCAGCAACUUGGCAGUGAAGGGGCAAGUCUAUAAUAGCAGCCCAUGGUGUGCAUGUGCAACUACCCCCACCAUAGGUUGUCGGCAGGGGUAGAACACUGCCAAAAGCACAAGCCACUGCUACUUGAGUAGCAGGAGUGAUUGCACUAGCUGGAAGUAGUAAGUCCUUCCCCCCCUCAUCUGGCCAAUGGGCGAGAUCACAUGCACAUGUGAAUUCUGGACAUUAUUGGGUGGGAAACGUGGCUGAAAAUAGAUUUCAUAUUCAAAUUUUUACAACAAAAACACCAUGAACAAAGCCUGUUUAAUAUGAAUGAAUUUUUAUAUCUAUAU